GAUCCCCUCCCCCCGGGGGCAGGGGGGGCGCGAACCGCCCCUUAAGGGCAGCCGGGGCCGCCCCUCGGCGGACUGGCUUUAGUUCGGGGCUGACUUCCCCGCGUCUCCGGCCGGCAGAGCAGGCGCCGCCCGGCCACUAGGGUCCCCGCGGAGCGCCGCCCCGGGCCGAGAGCCGGAGCCCCGCCGGGCACCCCCCGCCCCGGCCGCCGGCAUGGAGCCGAGCUGGCUGCUGGGGGGCGCAGCCCUGCUCCUGCUGCUGCUGCCCGUGCUCCUGGCGCUCAGCCCCGCCGCCCACUUCCAGCUCAAGAUCGGCUUCUACUGCGUCCUGUGCGUGGCGGCCUCGGCGCUGGCCGUCCCGCUCUGCCUGCUGCGGCACGGCGGCCGCACCGUGCGCAACAUGAGAAUCAUCAAAAAUAUCGUCAGGACCUUCAAGUAUAUUUAUGGCCUGAGGUUUGAGGCGAAAGGACUGGAGAAGUUCCAGGUCGAGGGGCCAUGUGUCAUCGUGUCAAACCAUCAGAGCAUCCUGGACAUGAUGGGGUUGAUGGAAAUCCUCCCAGAUAACUGCGUUCAGAUCGGCAAGAAGGAGCUGCUGUACACUGGCCCUGUGGGUCUGAUAAUGUACCUGGGUGGCGUCAUCUUCAUUAACAGGAAGAGUACGAGCAAUGCCAAGACGGUGAUGUCCGGGGUUGCCCAGACCAUGCUGGAUGAGAACGUGAAGGUAUGGAUAUACCCGGAGGGCACGAGGAAUGGGAAUGGUGACUUGUUACCAUUCAAGAAAGGAGCUUUUCAUCUUGCUGUUCAGGCACAGGUUCCCAUUAUUCCUGUGGUGUAUUCCUCGUUCUCUUCGUUUUACAAUCCAGCCAAGAAGCUAUUUAUAUCAGGUAAAAUCCGGGUUGAGGUGCUCCAGCCUAUUGAGACCAAGGGCCUGAAGGCCGAGGAUGUCGCCGACCUCACAGAGAGAUGCUACUGCACCAUGAGAGAGACCUUUUUCAGAUUAUCUGGCAUAGCGAGUGAGGCGAACGGCUCAACGCAGGGCCCUCAACAAUAGUAUUCCCAAAUAGCAGGGACUGAAAGGACCUAUUUCCAUUGCCAAAAUAUCCAAGGGGUUUCUCCCGUUCCUUUGCAGCAGGUUUGGGCAAAUCCUAAGCCUCUGCUUAGGGUAACCUUAGUUGACAAACACCAUUUGUUGGGCCAAUUCUACUGUUCGGUGAAUCUCUUUUGUGGGUUCUUUAUCUCCCCUGGGGACGUGUCUCCUGCACUCGGUUUCUCAAACACCCUACAAGAGCUAGUGCUGAUGCCCAGUGCAGUGAACUCUUCUGCGACCUCCUGCCACACUCAGGUAGCUGGGACAGUAGGUGUUGCAGAACACCGUGUUAAGGUCCUGGCACCGACCACUGCAAGCCUGGCACUAGCCACAGCCAAUCCAUUGGAUGCCGAAGACCAUGUUAGGUACAUCUUUGCAGCGUCCAACUGAUUAAUCCUCGCUUUCAUCCUGUCCCUAGCUGUUGGUGCUUGAGGAGGCGAGGGUAGGAGCAGUUCAGAUGGCGCUCUUCAUGCGGCUGUGCAUUCCCAGCGCUUACUGGCAGGACUGAUGCCCUAGCUGAAAUCUUGUUCACAGCUGAAAUUCAGCUUCUAAGGUCUCUGCCCAGCACGGUUUCAUUCUUCCUAGCCCCGACUCUCACCUCAGACACAAUUUGGUUUUUGACAAAUCAACCUGUUGGGGAUUUUUUUCCUCUAAAAAGACACUAAGCAUUUGUGAUUCUGCUCAGAGACAAAGAUGGGAGACCAACCACUCACCCCUUCCUGAUGGAAUGGCCAAGUCGUAGGACGUAGCAGGGAACUGAAAUGUGCAGGAUGCUCUUACCAGAAGUCCUGGGGCAAGCUUUGUACAGAUGUCCGUCCCUUACUCGCUCUCCAGACAGAGUGAAUUCCCCAGCAGUACUUCUAGCAAUCUUGCAGCCUAAGGCUUCCUUCAGGUUCUCUGGGCUAGGCCAGGUGGGCCUUAUGGGGCCAGCUACUCUUGAUGCUGUCCCUUAAUGAAGUCAAGUUUCCGUGUCCACUGAGUGGACAAGCUCCAUGUGGACUCAUUUAGGGAUGGCGUAGGAGGGGGAAACGUGGAGACCUAAAAAACCCAACCAAACCUGCUGUAUAGUGUCUUGGUAGGUUUUUAUCCAAACACUUAGCCUGAUGGCUGCUAUAAUGCAAACCUCUAUGGGGAUGCUAUCUCUCAACAAAAUCCCUGGGGUUUGUAAGUGAUGCAUUAACAUGUCAAGAACUAAACUAAAAGGAUGAGACAAACCCACAAAGAGACCGGGACUUUUCUCUGCUCAUCCCCUUUGUUUUGCAUUACAGCCAGCAUCCCUGACUUAGUAUAUACUCGUGUACUCCACCUGAUGGCUUGCUUUUAGCAUAAAGCCAGGUAUGACGGGCUGAGGGAAGGGUAGAUGUGGCACUUCCUUGGUAUUUGUUGCAACACUUUCAGUGCUCAAAUGUUCUGUUUAAAAUUGUUUUUAAUCUAGGUUUUGUACCUAGACUCUUCGUUGCUGCUCUUGCUUCCUAAGGGCUAUACUGUGCUGUUUUGACACACUGCACAUCCGAAGCAUUGACCAAAAGACAGUGCCUGCCAUACAAACGUGUCUCGGAAGAUUCGCCUUACUAGGACUGUUAGUGUUAGGCGAAAGCCAUGGUGUUGGAGAUGUAAAACAUGCUGGAUGGGAGAGGUGUAUGAUGGCCCUGAAUCAAUGUUUCCUUCGGUGUGAAUUUGCCAGCUGGGAAAUAGCAGCUAGAGGGAUUCCCGGUAACUGAGUUUGACUCUCCUCACCCAGCGGUAGAAAUGUCGAGCUCCUCAAAGGGAGUAACAGCAGAGAUGUUUAUGCUCCCUGGGGGAGCAGGCCUUGGCCAUGAAAACUCCAGGGAUUUGCUUAGAGGCCUUGUGGGAAUGUUGCCUCAAGCUCACCAAGGCAGUGUAUCUCUUCAUGUCAAGUAAUCUGGUGCAAUGCCUCAUCCCCAAAUCUCCUGCUCGGUGGGUGGCAUUGGAGAUGAUGCUGUCUCAAUCACUGAAUUCCUGUUUUUUCUAUAAAGGACACCAAAUCGAAUGCUUAAAAAGCACUAAUGCAGAACUGGGAGAAACCAAAUAGAGGAUGCUAGGAGGCGGUAGCUCCACAUGGUUCAGAGCUGUGUUUACUAAUGAAUAUUCGAGCAUCCAUCUGGUGAAAUCUGAUUUCAGUACAGACCCAGUGGAAGAAAGCAAUCCUCCUGCUUUUCAGUUCUGAAAUCCAAAGCAGCACUUUUUUUUCCUUCCAUAAGAAUGGCAGACAAAGUGGCAAUGUAAUUGAGGCAAACAUCCAAGUUCUUGUGGAGAUUUCAUUCCCUCUUGCCCAGCGGCUCCAGUCUAGGGUGAGCAGUUGGGAGGGGAGGGUGGUCGUAACGGGUGGAUAUUUUUCUUUGGCCAAAGAUGACUCUGUAUCAGAUGUAUAAAUCUAAGUCUGUCUGUCUAUGACCGAAGUGGGAAAAGAGAUUGAGCGUGCACAAAGGCCGUUGUCUGCUGUUCUGUUUUUUAGUUGUUUAAACAAUGUAUGUUUGAUCAAAUGUACAUUCUUAUAAAGCAGUUAUUUAAAUAGAAA